CACGAAAUUUUGAUACUGACAAUACAUCUUGUUGCCAUCGAGCACACCAGCGUCUAAGACAUUGUUCCUGCUCACUUGCAUGGAUCCCCUGGAUGGUACCAGGUACGAGGUUGAAACCGCCAUUAGAAUCGGCCGCGCAUCGUUUGUAUGCGUCUAUACGAUUCAUCUUUACGAAUGGCUCUUGAACCUCGACGAAGAACGCUGCCUAAUCCACAUGUCGUCAUGGUCAUCGGUCAAGGUCCUCUAUAUCAUCUGUCGAUAUUAUCCACUCGUCGUUUUUCCGUUUCACCUUUGGGCAUGGAUGGACAACCACUCCACGGACCUCUGCAAAUCUUUGGUUCAUGGGGUAUAUGCUGCCCUUAUACCAAUGCAAAUAUCGGCUCAGGGUGUCAUGCUCCUACGAGCUUAUGCUUUUACGGGGAAGAAGACGUAUAUCCUGGUGUUUUUCUCUGCGAGUUGGCUGGCAAUCUUUGCUGCGGACAUUUGGCUAUAUGGAACACAGUUUAUCUGUAAGAUCCUGAACCCUCGACGCCAAAGUCUCCAUAAACAUGUCUCUUCGUAG